UUUCCUCUCGCGAGACUGUAGGCUCGCUUCCCAGCAGCCCUCGCGCCACAGACGGCGCUGGCGCCCUUCAGGGCGGUCGGAAGAUGGCUUCCGCCACUCGUUUCAUCCAGCGGCUGCGGAACUGGGCGUCAGGGCAAGACUUGCAGGCGAAGCUGCAGCUGCGCUACCAGGAGAUCUCCAAGCGAACGCAGCCUCCUCCCAAGCUGCCCGUGGGCCCCAGCCACAAGCUCUCCAACAACUACUACUGCAUGCGUGAUGGCCGCCGAGAGUCGGUGCCACCCUUGGUCCUUGUGUCCUCGCAGAAGGUGCUGGUGUCGGGCGAGCCAGCGGGCAGCUCCGCUGCAGCUGCUGCUGAGAGGGAGGCCGCUGAGAAGAAGGCAGUGACGCCGGCCCCUCCCAUAAAGAAGUGGAAGCUGUCGGAGGACCAGCCUUACCUGUGACGCUGCCCUCGGCCACCUGCAGCCUUUGUCUCCUGGGAUUCCCUCUGGGGACAACAUGACCUAAUUUAUGACAAAUA